AUUGACUCUCUACCUAUAUAGAGCCCUAUUACUGAAUCAAUGGGAGACAGCAGUAGACCUGAUCCUCAAACCAAGAGAAGGAGAUGACAACAGGUGGAGAGAGCAUUGGAUGAAGACCAGGGAUGCUAAGAGUACAUUGGAGAUGCUUCCUCACCAUAAGAAAAGCGCUGUUGAGCAGCAGCUGUUAAGAGGCUUACUCAAGUCAAGGAAUGAUUACCAGGCAUCCUUUUAUUCAAUUCCUCGCAAUACACGUCUCAUCUACCUCCACAGUUAUCAGAGUUAUAUUUGGAAUGUCAUUGUCACACAAAGGCUACAGAGGGAUGGCUUCAAAGCGGCUGUUGGGGAUCUAGUCCAAAAAAGCGUUGAAAAUGAAGUUCUUGCUUUACCCAGGGUGGAGUAUGUAACAGAAGAGAACGAAAAUGAUUUCACCAUUUAUGAUGUAGUCUUGCCUCUACCAGGACAUGGUGUCAAAUACCCUCUACAUCAAGCUGGAAAAUGGUAUACUGAAGAGCUUGCCAAAGAUGGUCUGACAGUGGAGAUGCUGAAAAAUUCCAAUAGGGAUCUGUCUCUAUCUGGUGCAUACAGGAAAUGUGUUGUCAAACCAACUGAUGUCAGCUGGUAAGUCAAUUCAUAUCAAUCAAGUGUAUACCAUGUUUAAAUGAUUUCAGUAGUUGAACUGUAGCCAAUGUGACCUCUAUGUCUCUUGGGUUUCUGGGCAAUUGUCAGGCCAAGCAUAUAAUAUCUAUUUUAUUUGUCAUUUUGAGAUAAGUUAAAUGUUUUGAAGCACCAAAAUGCUUAUAAAUUGAAUAUUCUAAUGGUGGGGAUGAUUUAAUAGGGGCUAAAAGCAAUACCAAAUAUGAGAAAUGACUCCUAUUAAGCUUACCAGUAAUAUUCUAAAGAGCAAGUGAUCACUUUAGGAACCGAUUCACUAAAGUAUGUAGGGAACUUAAGUCAGUUUGAAAGACAAGAUUGAGCUGUAAUUCUGAAUUGUUCCCAACUAGUCCCAUAUUGCCACUGUCUGUAUGCAACAGAGAUUGUAGUGAAAACUCAAUGUUACUAUUAACAAAAAAGUCAUUAUACAACUAUCUGAUACCUUCCUAUAAAAAUUGAUGCAACACCAUUUACUCCCUACAUAGGUUUCUAAAUUGUCCCAUGUUUGCAAUGAAAAGUUCUAGGUUACUUUCAUCUGAUUUCAAAGAACGUUCUACAAAAAGUAUUGAAAUUUGAAUAACAUAAAUUUGUGAUCAGAAAUAGGCAAACUAAAAUAGCAGAAAUAGCAAUCAAAGCUCAGGCCAGGUGGCUUAUAUAAUUCUGUUGAUUGGGGGGAAUUGAGUGCGCUGUGGUAUCAUUAGAUCCAAGCCUAAUAAAAGAUUGAUAUUUGACUGGGAAAACUAUAAAGCCCCGAAAUUGCUUUAAGGAAGAAUAUUUCUCAAACAUUAGGUGGUUUCAGACCGCCUCGAAGUUCGCCAGUUCCAGGUAUUCUCUGAUCGGGAAAUUUACCCCGAUCAGAAAAUACCAGGUAUUUUGGCGGUGUGAAAGCAAACUACGCGUAAUAUCCCCGAAAGAAAAUACCCGAUAAAUAGUAGGUACUUGGCGAAAUUACGAGAACUUUCGCGGGGAUUUUUCCAAGGUCGUGGGUAUUUUGGCGGUCUGAAAGCAAAUUACGGGAACUUUUAGCCCAGCGUGUCGUUGGGUGCGGCGCCGUGCAUGGGUUGCUGCUGGGCUAGUGAUUUUGAAUUUCGCGCCUUGCUGCUUAUCAGACCAUACUGCGCAUGCUCGUAACUUCAGGAACUUAUCCCGAAGGGUAUGUUUCAGGGCGGUGUGAAUGCAGGAAUAAUUAAUGGGUAUUUUUCAGCCUAAAAAAGUUCUCGUAAUUUAACGGGGAUUCUUGUGAUCGAGGCGGUUUGAAACCACCUACUAUGUCAAACCCUUGUUGCAGAGGCGACUGCACCAGCUCAGGGCUUUGCUUCUGUUGUAAACCCUGAUAACAAAAUCCUUGUUGGAGGAACCAAGAUAUUUCAGUCCCAAGCGCUAUCAACCCUGAAUCACCCGAUAAUCCCUCUUAUGUAACAUUUCUCCUCCGCAGACGCAAGCCCAAGGGUUAGACCAUAAACAACAGCUGUGAUAUUACGUAAGAGCAACUUUGCCUGUAGUAGGCCUUUCGGAAUUAAAUUAUUGUAUUUGAUAUUUAAUCAAGCUUUCAAUGGCAUAUUGUAUUUUGAAAUUCAAUGUUAAUUUGUUUUCAAUUUUGAAUGAAGAAAAUCGGUCUCGAAAUAAGGACACUAUUAAAGAGAAUAAAAAUGAUUGCAUGCACUGGUGGGCCGCAGAGUUUGAUUGAAUCGUCAUGCUGCGUAUGCAAUUAAGAAAGAAAGAAAGGAAGAAAGAAAGAAAGAGAAAGAAUUAAAGAAAGAUAGAAGCCGAGGAAGGAAAGAAGAAAGAAAGAAUAACAUUUAAAGG